AGAUAUCCUUUCCACCCUGUGACCACGUCGUUUCCUAGUGAAGAGCGAAGAAGACUUACGCACGCCAUCCCGAGAGACCAAAACGUUCUGUCCCAAAUCGAUCCAAGAAGACCGGAGAGCUGUUUCCAACAUAUCUGCCAUGUCUUCCUCACAUUCUAGUCGUUCGGGAGGCCACAGGGGCUCUGGUGCGGGGAAGGGGAGACAAUCCUCGUUCCAACAGCUGAUCGAGUCGCUGCGGACGCACAGGGUCAACACGCUGACGGAGCUGUGCCGGAUCGAGCGGGUGGCGGCGAGCUGCGAGAACGAGGAGGACGCCCGCGCGUUCCAGGGGCCCAUGACGUCGGCCUGGGAGUACUACGUCAACAGCAACCAGCUCCUGACCGAGCUCCGCGGCCUGACACGCAACUACCCCAUCUCCGGCGAGGUCGUCGACCGGGCGCACCAGCUCGUCCGCAACGACCCCAACUCGAACCGCAGCUGGAACCUGGCCUGGCUGUGCCUGGUCAAGAUACGCGACGCCGGCCUGAUCCCUACGUACGCGCAGGCGGACGCCUGGCGGAAGGAGAUGUGGGGCGGCCGCGACCCGACGCAGGAGGAGGCCGACCAGCUCUCGCAGUGCUUCGAGUACGAGUGGACGCAGGCCGUCGAGAACAUGCUGCGCCACUGGUCGGCGAGCCCAACGUGGUACUAGCCGAGUCGCCGAC